UGGAAAAAAUGGAGCAUUAAGGGGUAGCGUAUUGGCCACCCGGAGGGGACCACUCAGUAGUAAGCGAUUUCCGAAGAUCCUCGCAAUCUCGUUCCCAGGGUUCUCUCUUCCUCGAAAAAACCGCGUAUGUUUAAAAUUCAAAAUGGCCGCAAAUAAGCACGAGUGGCAUGUUUUAUUCAUUACCUCAUCAUAUAUCUCUGUUGCGAAGGCACCAGACCGUUUAAUCCUCCUGUUUCUGUCUCUGUUCUCUAGACCACUUCACGAACUGGGAAAGAAUGGCGGAUGACCAGUCGCUUUGUAAUGGUUUUGAGUCUUUAGCAGUCGAGAGUGAGUGGAAACUCGCGGAAGAACCGAGUCCGAUUAAUGUUCCGAUCUUUUCGUCUUCCACGUUCAGGCUCUCGUCUGUUGCUCACGGAGAAGCCCUCGCAGCGGGAAAGACAGGUUGGCUAUAUUCACGCUGGAUUAACCCAACCGUUGAUGCUGCAAGACAAACCCUCAACAGCUUAGAAGGUGGACAUGGGACGUUGCUGUUUUCCUCUGGUAUGGCUGCUAUUUCAACAGCUUUAUUUGCUGUUCUCAAAUCUGGAGAUCAUGUGGUAGCUCCAAAGAUGGUUUACUGUGGUACUUUUGGCACUUUAAAAUUUGUUCUCAAACGUUUUGGAGUGGAAUAUACAUUUGUAGAUGGCUCUGAUAUUUCCCAGUAUCGUGAAGCUGUGAAACCCAACACCAAGGUUUUAUACUGUGAAACCCCAUGCAAUCCAACCAAUAUUCUCACUGAUCUGGAAGAGUUUGCAAAACUUGGCAAAAGUCUUGGUAUUAUCACCAUGGUUGAUAGCACCUUUGCGUCUCCAUUUAAUCAAACUCCCAUUAAACAAGGCAUUGAUGUUGUAAUUCAUAGCUGCACCAAGUAUCUUGGUGGACACAGUGACAUCACGGCUGGUUCACUUACGCUCUCGUCACAGGAAUUGCUGUAUCAAUGUUACGAGCUGCAGAAGUUUUUUGGCGGAUGUUUGUCGCCGUUUGACGCAUUUCUCCUUCAUCGUGGACUGAAAACCCUCCACGUGCGCAUGGAAAGACACAACCAAAAUGGCAUGGAAAUUGCCAAGUUCUUGGAAGCUCAUCCCAAGGUAUUUAUAAUAAACGCCUGCAUGGGCACACGUAGAUAUGCAUUGCAAUUCAUUGUCUGUGAUUAUUGUUUUGUUUUUCAGGUUUUAUACUGUGAAACCCCAUGCAAUCCAACCAAUAUUCUCACUGAUCUGGAAGAGUUUGCAAAACUUGGCAAAAGUCUUGGUAUUAUCACCAUGGUUGAUAGCACCUUUGCGUCUCCAUUUAAUCAAACUCCCAUUAAACAAGGCAUUGAUGUUGUAAUUCAUAGCUGCACCAAGUAUCUUGGUGGACACAGUGACAUCACGGCUGGUUCACUUACGCUCUCGUCACAGGAAUUGCUGUAUCAAUGUUACGAGCUGCAGAAGUUUUUUGGCGGAUGUUUGUCGCCGUUUGACGCAUUUCUCCUUCAUCGUGGACUGAAAACCCUCCACGUGCGCAUGGAAAGACACAACCAAAAUGGCAUGGAAAUUGCCAAGUUCUUGGAAGCUCAUCCCAAGGUUGAAAGGGUUUAUUAUCCAGGUUUGCCUUCUCACCCACAACAUGACGUUGCGAAGAAACAGAUGACAGGCUUCAGUGGAAUGGUGUCGUUUGAAGUCAAAGGUGGGAGACAGGAAGCGACCAAAUUUGUUGAGAGCUUGAAGAUGAUUCAACUUGCAGUGUCCCUUGGCGGUGUUAAGAGCUUAAUCGAGGUGGCGUCUGGCAUGACCCACCCUGACAAAUACAUGUCUUCAGCUGAGCAGCUCGAAGGAGGUCUAGGAGAGUCACUUAUACGGUUCAGCGUCGGCUUAGAGAACGUGGAGGACCUUAAAAAAGAUCUCGAACAAGCUUUGGAAAAAGCUUGUGGAUAAAUAUGACGAAACUUUAGAAGAUGAAAUUCAUUUUGCUGUAGAAACGACAAAGCCUACGCUCUUGGUCAUAAUUUGACUUCAUCACCGCAAUGUUGGAUGACAUGAACAGAAGAUUUCUAGCUGUGUUCUUUGGUUUGUCCAUCAAGGCCACCACAAAUCACAGUAUAGGUUGCUUAUUAUCAAUUGGUUGCAAAAUAUAUUUAAUGGGAAGGGUAAAAUAAAUUAUUGAAAAUGCG